AUGCUGUAUUAUAACAAGGCAUUGGUCUGCAUCGACAUUGCAGCGACAGCUGCUCAAGAGGCUCCUGUCGAGACUUGCGCCGAAAAUCGCAACACCGGCAAAGAAGCUGCCAACAUCUGGCCAAUGCCUGGCGUCCAGCCUGAAAGCGAUGGCAACACUUCGAGGAGCACCCAGUAUCAUGUUAUGAAAGCGUAG